GGCCAGUACUGCGACAUCUGCUCCUCUGCAGACAGCAACAAAGCCCACCCCAUCACAAAUGCCAUCGAUGGGACAGAGCGCUGGUGGCAGAGCCCCCCUCUUUCCCGGGGGCUGGAGUUCAACCAGGUCAACGUCACCCUGGACCUUGGACAGCUUUUCCACGUAGCGUAUGUCCUGAUCAAGUUUGCCAAUUCCCCUCGUCCUGACCUCUGGGUGUUGGAGCGAUCAACUGAUUUUGGCCUCACCUACGAGCCCUGGCAGUAUUUUGCCUCUUCCAAGAGGGACUGCAUUGAGAAGUUUGGCCAGCACACUGUGGAUCGGGUCACCAGGGAUGACCAUGCCAUCUGCACCACCGAAUACUCCCGGAUUGUGCCUUUGGAAAAUGGAGAGAUUGUGGUCUCUCUGGUAAACGGGCGCCCAGGAGCCAUGAACUUCUCCUACUCUCCUCUCCUGCGGAAUUUCACCAAAGCCACCAACAUCCGACUGCGCUUCCUGCAGACGAACACUCUGCUGGGACACCUGAUGGGCAAAGCUCUGAGGGACCCUACGGUCACAAGGAGGUAUUACUACAGCAUCAAGGAUAUCAGCAUUGGAGGGCGCUGUGUCUGCCACGGCCACGCCGACGUCUGCGAUGCCAAAGACCCCAACGACCCUUACAGGCUGCAGUGUGACUGCCAGCACAACACCUGUGGUGGCUCCUGCGAUCGCUGCUGCCCGGGCUACAACCAGUUCCCCUGGAAGCCUGCCACCGCCGACAGCGCCAACGAGUGCCAGCCCUGCAAUUGCAAUGGCCAUGCCUACGACUGCUACUACGACCCAGAGGUGGAUCGACACAAAGCCAGCAGGAGUCGUGAGGACAAGUUUGAAGGGGGAGGUGUUUGUAUUGACUGCCAGCAUCACACCACUGGCAUUAAUUGUGAGAGGUGCAUCCCUGGAUACUAUCGAUCCCCUGACCACCCCAUCGACUCUCCGUACAUUUGCUACCGCUGUAACUGUGAGUCUGACUUCACCGAUGGCACCUGCGAGGACCUCACUGGGCGCUGCUACUGCAAACCCAACUACACCGGGGAGCACUGCGACGCCUGUGCCGAGGGCUACCUCAACUUCCCCCACUGCUACCCUAUUCCAGCAUUCUCUCACAACGAUACUGGAGAACAAGUGCUUCCUGCAGGACAGAUAAUAAACUGCGAUUGCUACGCGGGUGGGACAGAAGGCAACGCCUGUCGGAAGGACCCUCGGCUGGGGAUGUGCGUGUGCAAACCCAACUUCCAGGGAGCACACUGCGACCAGUGUGCCCCAGGCCACUACGGACCCAGCUGCCAGCCCUGCCAAUGCUCCAGCCCUGGUCAGUAUGAUGGCACCUGUGACAGCGAGACAGGGCAGUGUCUGUGCCGGACAGGAUUUGAAGGGCACUCGUGUGACCAGUGUGCUCCAGGCUACUUCAACUACCCUCUGUGCCAGUUGUGCAGCUGCAGCGCGGUCGGGACGCUGCCGGGAGGCUGUGACUCCGCCGGGAAUUGUGUCUGCAGAGCCGAGUUUGCUGGGCCACGGUGUGAGCGCUGCAGCCCUGGGCACCACUCCUACCCCCACUGCUACGCUUGCUCCUGCGAUUCCCGGGGUGCAGUGGACAACAACUGCAGCCCAGUGGGGCAGUGCCGAUGCCACGGGAAUUUUGCGGGACACACCUGCAGCCAGUGUGCCCUGGGCUUCUACGGAUACCCCAGCUGCACACCUUGCCAGUGCUCCCAGGAAGGGUCCUUGCACGGCACCUGUGACCAGGACACGGGGCAGUGCAGCUGCCGGCCCAAGGUGACAGGACUGCGCUGUGACAGCUGCGUGCCUGGCGCCUACGGGUUCCCCCACUGCGAAGUGGGCUCCUGUAACCCAGCAGGGUUGGAGACUGCAGAUCCCUCGCUGGCCUCAGGCUCCUGUGCAUGUCGGGCAUACGUUGAAGGCCCAGCUUGUGACAGAUGCAAGCCUGGAUACUGGAACCUGACUCCAGAGAACCCCUACGGCUGCCUGAGCUGCAGGUGUGACACCAAGGGCACCAUCAGCGGAGUCACGGAGUGCCGGCAGGGCGAUGGGCAGUGCUUCUGCAAAGCCAACGUGUGUGGGCAGUUCUGCUCAGCCUGCAAGGAUGGCUACUUCAACAUGGAGAACGCUAAUUACUUUGGCUGCCAAGGCUGCCGCUGCGACGUCGGCGGAGCCCUGGGUCCAUCCUGCGAGGAGCGGAGCGGAGCCUGUCGCUGCCGGCAGAGCACACGGGGUCCCACCUGCACCCAACCAGCCCGAGACCAUUAUUUCCCUGACCUUCACCACUUGAAAUUCGAGCUGGAGGAAGGCAGCACGCCGGCCGGCCGGGCUGUGCGCUUUGGCUACAACCCGCUGGAGUUUGAGGGCUUCAGCUGGCGAGGAUACGCGCAGAUGUCCUCCAUCCAGCCCAAGGUAGUGGUGACUCUCAAUGUGACCUCCCCCGACCUCUUCCGCCUCGUCUUCCGCUACGUCAGCCGGGGGCCCGCCAGUGUGGAAGGGAGGGUCUCGGUCGUUGAGGAAGGAAAGUUUAAUGUUUGUGGCAACUGUACAGAGCAGACCAAGCAGAUUGUCUUUGCUCCCAGCACGGAGCCGGCCUUUGUCACUGUCCCCCAGAACAGCUUCGGGGAGCCCUUCGUACUCAACCCCAACACCUGGUCUCUGGUUGUUGAAGCACAGGGUGUGCUGCUGGACUAUCUGGUUUUACUGCCCAGCUCGUACUAUGAAGCACCAAUCCUGCAGCUGAAGGUCACAGAGCCUUGUGUCUAUCAGCCAGCCCCUGAACAAGCCACCCAGAACUGCCUCUUGUACAAGUACCUGUCUGUGGAGGGCUUCCCUGCCGUGCCAGGGGUGGAUGCAGUGUGCAGGCUGGACAACCGGCUCCCCAGGCUGUGUCCCACGGAGCAGCUCACCCCCUCCCACCCCCGGAUGGCCGCCUGCAGUGGCAGUGAUGUGGAAGUGCAGCUGUCCCUGCCCCUGGCCCAGCCUGGGAAGUACAUGCUGCUGGUGGAAUAUGCCAACACCAACGCCCUGCAGACGGUGGGCAUCGCCGUGAGCUCGCCACACUUGGCCACGCAGCAGCGCACCUUCACCUUCUACCCCUGUGCCUACAGUUUCCUUUGUCGAGGGAUUGCUGUGGAUUCCCAGAGUCGAAUGGCAACUUUUGAACUCACCUCAGAGGCCACUGUUCGUUUCACCUCUGAUCUGGCUGAUUUCUUCCUGCACAAAGUGUACCUGAUCCCUGCUGCACAGUUCACCAUGGAGCUCAUCGAGCCGAAGGUGCACUGCAUCAGUGUCCAUGGCACCUUCUCAUCCAACAGCAGCUCCUGUGUCCCCUCAAGGUUCCUGAAGCUUUCUCAGUCAAUCAUUUUGGAGGGGGCCCAGGCUCUGCCCAUCGCCCCAGAGGUGCCCCUGGCUCAGGCUGUCCAUGUGGCUCCAGCUGGGGUGCCAGUGGAGCCUGCUCCUCCUCCUCCCACAGCGAUGGACCCCACUGCAGAGCUCAUCCUCCUGCAGUCCCCACAGGCUGCAGUGGUGUUUAACAGCCGGAUCCAGACCCUGGGACGCUAUGCCUUCAUCCUGCACUUCUACCAGCCCAACCACCCCACCUUCCCUGUGGAAGUGCUGAUCAAUGGUGGGCGCAUCUGGCAAGGUCAGACCAAUGCGAAUUUCUGCCCACAUGGCUACGGUUGCCGGAGCCUGGUGGUUUCUGAGGACCAAAUCAUCCUGGAUGUUACUGAUAAUGAUCUGACUGUGGUUGUUCGAGUGCCACAGGGCAAGCAGCUGUGGCUGGAUUACAUCCUUGUGGUGCCUGAGGACAGCUACACCUCCCAGUACCUGCAGGAGGAACCCCUGGACAAGUCCUAUGAUUUCAUCAGCAGCUGUGGCAUCAACAGUUUCUACAUCAGCCCCAGCAGCUCCUCGAGGUUCUGCCGCGACUCUGCCAUCUCGCUCUCCCUCUUCUACAACAACGGGGCGCAGCCGUGCCGCUGCCACGAGGCCGGGUCACGGGGCAGCCAGUGCCAGCCCUUCGGGGGACAGUGUCCCUGCAAGUCCAACGUCAUCGGCCGCGAGUGCUCCCGCUGUGCCACCGGCUACUGGGGCUUCCCCAACUGCAGGCCCUGUGACUGCGGGACACGUCUCUGUGAUGAAGUGACAGGGCAGUGCAUCUGCCCUCCCCACACCCUGAAGCCAGAGUGUGUUGUCUGUGAGCCCCAAACCUUUGGCUGCCACCCCCUCAUCGGCUGUGAGGACUGCAACUGCUCCCAGCCCGGCGUGCAGGAGCUGACAGAGCCAGGCUGUGACGUGGACAGCGGGCAGUGCAGGUGCAAGCCCAACAUCAUCGGGCGACAGUGUGACCUCUGUGCCCCUGGCUACCACCACUACCCUGAGUGCCGGCGGUGUGACUGCCACCAGGCUGGCACCGAAGCGAGCGUGUGUGACCCGGUCACGGGGCAGUGUCACUGCAAGGAAAAUGUGGAGGGCCUGAGGUGUGAUCAGUGCCGCCUGGGGACAUUUUCUUUGGAUGCCACCAACCCCAAGGGCUGCACCAAAUGUUUCUGCUUUGGUGCGACCGAUCGCUGCCGCAGCGCCGAGAAGCACCGAGCUGAGUUUGUCGACAUGAAUGGGUGGCUCUUGCUGAGCAGCGACCGCCACGAAGUGCCGACAGCUCUGAGCCCACGGGAGCAGCUCGUCACUGCUGACCUCAAAAACCUCCCAGAUGCCUACCAGGAACUCUACUGGGUUGCACCCAGCUCCUACCUUGGGGACCAGGUUUCCUCCUAUGGAGGGCACCUUCGCUAUGAGCUGCACUCCAACCCUCGCAGGGGUGACGUGUUCAUUCCCAUGGAGUCCCGGCCAGACGUGAUCCUGAAGGGAAAUCAGAUGAGCAUCAUGUUUCUGGAAGGCGCCUACCCAUCCCCAGGGGAGGCUCACAAAGGCCGGCUGCAGCUGGUGGAGGGUAACUUCAGGCACACAGAGACUCACAACCCUGUGUCCAGAGAGGAGCUCAUGAUGGUGCUGGCAAACCUGGAGCAGCUGCAGAUCCGAGCACUCUUCUCCCAGCUCUCUUCCUCCGUGUCCCUGCACCGUGUGGUGCUGGAGAUGGCAACAGACACAGCCACAGGCAUCCGUGCCAGCAACGUGGAGCUGUGCUUCUGCCCAGCUAACUACCAGGGAGACUCCUGCCAGGAAUGUGCUCCAGGUUACUACAGGGACACUAAGGGACUCUUUCUGGGAAAAUGCAUCCCCUGCCAUUGCAAUGGCCACUCGGAUCAGUGCCUGCCAGGCUCUGGGAUAUGCCUUAACUGCCAGCACAACACAGAGGGAGACCACUGUGAGCGAUGCAAGGACGGCUACAUGGGCAGCCCCUCUGCCCAAGAGCCCCUGCAGUGUGUUGGGUGCCCAUGCCCUCUUUCAGUUGCCUCCAACAAUUUCGCUGUUGGCUGUGUCCACAAGGGUUCCAACAUGCAGUGCCUCUGCAAGCCAGGCUACGCUGGACCAAACUGUGAGCGGUGUGCCCCGGGGUACUAUGGCAACCCCCUGGUGAUUGGCAGCUCGUGCCAGCCCUGUGACUGCAGUGGGAACACGGAUCCCAACAUGCUGUUCAGCAGCUGUGACUCCCUGACGGGCGCCUGCUCGGGCUGCAUGCACCACACAGCCGGCCCGCGCUGCGAGCUCUGCGCGCCCGGCUACUAUGGGGAUGCUGUGGUAGCCAAGAACUGCACACAGUGCAACUGUUCACCUUGUGGGACUGACUCCUGCCAUCCACAGACUGGUCAGUGCUUCUGCAAGACUGGAGUGACAGGCCAGCACUGUGACCGCUGCGAGGAGGGAUCCUAUGGCUUUGAGGGAUGCUCGGGCUGCCGGAGGUGUGACUGUGACGUGGGUGCUGUGGGAAGCAGCUGCCACGUGCAGAGCGGCCAGUGCAGCUGCCUGCCCGGCGUCAGCGGCGCGCGCUGCCAUCAGUGCGCCCCGGGCUACUGGGGCUUCAGCCAGCACGGCUGCACAAAGUGUGAGUGCAGAGGGGGCUCCUGUGACCCUCGCACUGGGGAGUGCACGUGCCCCAGCGGGCUCACGGGGAAGCAGUGUGACGUCUGCCUGCGCGAGCACGAGGUCCUGGUGGCAAACGGCCCCGACAGCAUGAAGUGUGAAGUGUGUGACAGCUGUGUCCUGCUUCUGCUGGAGGACCUGCAGAGCAUCGAGAUGUCCUUCCCGUCCAUCCGCGGCCAGCUGGUCACCCUCAACGCCAGCUCCAUUGCCUGGGCUCGCCUCCACGGCCUCAACGGCACCAUAAUGGCCAUUGCUAACCAGCUCCGUGAGUACCACCGAGCCAUGAGCAGGGUCAGGCAAAGGGCUGAUGAGCUGGAGGAUGAGAACAUGGACCUCACACAGGACCUGAAUGCACUGCAGCACAAAAUGACCAUGACUCACCGAGAGGCGAGUCGUGUUGAGCAGCACACGAGGGACAUGUACCAGAGGGGGGAACAGCUCCUGCUGCACAUCCAAAGCAUCCAGAGGGACAUUGCAGACCUGCUGCGGCAGAUGGCCAGGUUCGGGGCAGCGAAUGCCAGCACCACAUCCAGCGAGGAGCUCCGGCAGAAGAUGGCUGAGGUGGAAAGGAUGCUGAGAGAGAUGAAGGAGAGGAGCCUGGGAACCCAGGAGGAGCUGGCAAGGCGUGAACACGAGGAGGCACAGAAGUUGCUGCACCGGGUGAGGAGCGAGCUGCACGCCCGCUGGCAGUCCAACCAGGACCUGGUGAGCCGCAUCCAGGAGCGGCUGGCCCAGCACAGCUCCCAGCUCAUGGAUCUGCGCGAUGCCCUCAACGAGGCCGUCAACAAAACCAGGCAGACAGAGGACUUGAACAGCCUGAACCAAAACAACCUGGAGGAGAGUCAGCAAAAGAGCCGGGAGCUCCAACAGCAGCAUGCGCUGGUGCAGGAGACCCUGCAGAUGGCCAAGGACGCCCUUGCCCAGAUCUCUGACUUCCUGCAGAUGAUGGAGCGUGCAAAGGAGGCGUACGAGAAGCUGGCGGCGCUGCUGGAUGGGGCAAAGCUGCCCCUGUCCGAGCGGGUCAAGAAGUUCUCCCCAGCCAGCAGCAAGAUCCCCAUCGUGGAGCAGGCAGAGGAGCACGCCCGGCUCCUGGAUGAACUCGCAAGGAACCUGUCUGGCAUUAUCCAGGACACAAACCAGGACGGUUUUAUCCAGCGGGCGGUCGAUGCCUCCAAUGCCUACGCCAGCAUCAUUGAAGCUGUGAGGAAAGCAGAGCAAGCAGCCCACGAUGCUGACAAGGCAGCCAGCGAGGCCCUGAGGAAUGUCAUAUCAGAAGACCUUGGGGCCACCUCUAGAACCCUGAAGAGGAACAGUAGCAGUCUGGAGGAGGCUGCGAGGAGGCAGCAGAGCAAACUCAAUGGAGCUAUUAAAGGCACUCUGCAGGCAGCAAAGGACAAGCUGACUGACCUCCGUGCAAGGAAGGAGCAGCUUCUGACCCAGCUCCAGGCUGUGCAGGACAUGCUGGGCAGGGAGCAAGAGGACACAAAGGACACAAUCCAGAAUGCCAAAGCAGCUGCUGCUGAGGCCAAUGAAACGGCUGCAAGAGUGGAGGAUACCCUGAGCAGCAUGAAGAAGAACCUGGAUGAGUGGAAAGACCAGUAUGGAGGCCUCAGAAAUGAAGAUCUGAACCAGGCAGUCCAGGAUGCCAGGAAAUCUGUGUCCAGCCUGGAAAGCACCAUUCCUCUGCUGCUGGAGAAGCUGAGCAGCCUGGAGAACAGGAGGAACAAAAAUGCCACUGUGUCAGAGAACAUCAUGAGGAUCCGGCAGCUCAUCACACAGGCGAGGAACGCCGCCAGCAAGGUGAAAGUGCCCAUGAAGUUCAAUGGCAGCUCAGGGGUGCAGGUCCGGAUGCCCAGCAAUCUGCAGGAUUUAGCAGCCUACACAUCGCUCAAAUUCUACAUCCAAAACCCUGAGCCCAGGAGCCGGCAGGAUGAGGCAGAGGAGGGGCGGUUCGUGUUGUACCUGGGCAGCCAAGAGGCCACUGGAGACUACCUGGGCAUUGUGCUCAAGGACCACAGAGUGCAUUGGAUCUACAAACUGGGAGACGAGGAGCCAACCUCCCUGAGUGUCGACGAGGAUAUCGGGGAGCAGUUUGUCACCAUCAGCAUCAACAGGAUCCUGCAGUACGGACACAUGUCGGUGAUCGUGGAGAGGCAGAGGGUGCACGAGAUCAAGGGAGACAGCGUGGCCAAGGGAGAGCAGGGGCUGCUCAACCUGGACCCACACAACGCGGUCUUCUACGUGGGGGGCUACCCCUCCAGCUUCACGCCUCCUCCUGCUUUGCGCUAUCCCAACUACCGCGGGUGCCUGGAGCUGGACACGCUGAACGAGGAGGUGGUGAGCCUGUACAACUUCCAGCACACCUUCGAGCUGGACACGGCUGCCGAGAAACCCUGCGCCAGGUCCAAGUCCACAGGAGACCCCUGGCUCACUGACGGCUCCUACUUCGAUGGCACCGGUUACGCGGAGAUCAAGUUUGAGAGUCAGUUCGGCACGACCAAGCGCUUUGAGCAGGAGAUCCGGGUGGUCUCCUACAACGGCAUCAUCUUCUUCCUGGAGAACCAGGGUCAAUUCCUGUGUCUGGCCAUCCGGGAUGGGAAGCUGGCUCUUUACUAUGAUUUCAGCUCUGGCCUGGAGAUGGCAAAACCAAGCAACUCCUCCUUCCUCACCAUCAGCAGCACCACAAACAAAGCGAUCCAGAUUUUCCUCCUCAAAAUGAACAACAAGAAGCGCAUCCUGGUGCGGGUGGAGCGCCUCACCAUCUUUGUGGUGGAGCAGGAGAACUCCCUGGAGAACGCUGUCUCCUAUUACCUGGGGGGUGUGCCCCCAGCUGUGCUGCCCCCCAGUUUGAAAUCUCUCUUCCCCACGGGGGGGCCCAUCCGGGGCUGCAUGAAGGGCUUGAAGGCUCUUGGCAAGUACGUCGACCUGAAACGCAUGAGCACCGUGGGCGUCAGCUAUGGGUGCACCUCAGACCUCCUGGUUGCCCGCUCGGUCAGCGUCCAUGGCCACGGCUACCUGACCCUGGCUCUGACGGAUGUGCCAGGGCUGCGGGACUUCUACAGCGGCUUCAGUUUCCAGACAAGCCAGCAUGAGGGGCUGCUCUACCACCACUCCACUCAGGAGGGGACGUGCCAGGUGUCCCUCCAGAGAGGCCAUCUGGCCUUGAACCUGCUGGGAAGCAAAGUCACCACUGGCAGUGCCUAUGCGGAUGGCAGGGCCCACUACGUGGCGUUCUACAGCGAUGCCCGUGGGCUCCGGCUGUACGUGGAUGACGAGCUGCAGGACACCAGGACCAGCCCCGGGCCCAGCCGGCGGCAGCGGCGCCAGGACGGGCGUGGGCUCUUCCAGCUCGGGGGUUCAGCAGAUCCAGGUGCUCUCAGCAACCUCACCGGCUGCAUCGGGAAUGUCUUCGUCAAGCGGAUGUCAGAGCCACAGAUGGUGGUGGACCUGCAGCAGAAUGUGGAGAGCAUCAAUGUCACCAUGAGCUGUCCCCUGGGCGAGCAGUCGCAGCAGCUCAGAGUCGCUCCAAAGAAGGACAGGCGGAAACCCAAGGUGCCGGGCAAGCCCGUGCCAAAGGGCCGCCGCCACUACCAGGAUGGGCUGUACUGGCUGCAGCCCCAGCCCCGCGCUGCCAGGGACACCUUCCGCUUCGGGGGGACCCCGAGCAGCCGCUGGGAGUUUGAUGAGAUCCCGGCCUCCUUCAGGUGGAGGUCCCAUUUCUCCCUGGAGGUGAAGCUGAACUCCUCCAGUGGCCUGCUCUUCUAUGUGGCGGGCGAGCGGGGCUCCUCUAUGGCGCUCUUUGUCUCCAACGGGCGCUUUGUGUUCCUGCUGGACGUCGGCAGGUGCCGGCUGCGCAUCCGCAGCAAGGACAAGUACCGUGACCGGCGGUGGCACACGGUCUUCUUCAGCAGAGACCAGAGCCAGGCCCAGCUGUUCAUCGAUGGGCUGCGAGCCCAGGGUGCUGCGGUGGCCACUCCAGGGCUCUUUGUGGCCCAGACCCCCUUGUAUGUGGGGGGGCUCCCAGCUGGAAAAGCCAAGGCUCACAUACCGGCUGCAUCGGCCUCCAGCUUUGAUGGCUGCCUGAGGAACCCACAGCUGGACGGGAGGCCCCUGGGUCCCCCCUCACGCACUUUUGGGGUGACGCCGUGCUAUGAGGGCGCACUGGAGAGCGGCGUCUUCUUCGCUGCGGAUGGCGGCUCCAUCACCUUAGCUGAUGCAGUGAUGACUGAGCAGGAUUUGGAGGUGACGCUGGAGGUCCGACCCCGCAGUGCCUCUGGCCUCAUCUUCCACAUUGGCACGAGGAGCAGCCACCAUCUCCUGCUCUACAUGGAGGAGAAAGAGGUCACUGUGAGAGCAGGUGCUGGGGCUGAUGAGUUCUCGGCGUCAGUGACGUUCCCAGCUCUCUGUGACGGACAGUGGCACACCAUUGCAGUUACCAAAAGGAAAAACACAAUCCAGGUGAAUGUGGACACAGAAGGCAACCACACAGUGGGACCCAGCCAGCCUCCUGCACCCAGCACAAGGGCAACCUUCUCCUUGGGGGGGCUGCCAGAGACAGACACGACCAGGGCAGGGCUGAUGUUACAUCCCUUCCCUCAAUACGUGGGCUGUGUCAGGAACCUGCUGAUUAACCAGAGGCACGUGGACCUGCCUCGAGCCGGGGCUGCCUGGGGCGCUGUUGGCCUGAAGGGCUGCCCCGUGCUCUGAGUGCCACAUCCACAGACAGCCUGAGGGACAGAACGCUGCUCCGGCCCCGGCGUCACCGCUCCAGAGCACUGACCCUGCUGGGACACGCCUGUCUCCAGUGACUGCGGGCACAAGUCGGGGCCAGAGGGGCCACAAAUCCCAGGGGAAGGAGGGCAGGGGAGGACGGUUGGGGAGAAGGGGGCACUUUGAGGAUGUUUCACAAAUAGAACCAAAAAGUUGCAGUGGGAUGUGGUGACAGGUGAGUCCUUCCCGGGUGGUCAGGGAUCUGCAGCAGGGCUCGUGCUGCCCUGUGGCUCGUGGUGGGAGCGUGGGCUGGAGCACAGAGCAGCCCUGCAGAACGUCCUGAAUCCUGUUCCCUUCACCCCACACGUACAACACACAUAGAUUUAGUUCACCGAACACUUGAGGCCGUUAAUAAAUGUCACAGACUGUCUGCUGAUAAAGGCUGCAGGCAGUUUCUAGUUUAUAAUAAAUGCAAUUAGGACAAACUGGAUUAAUUCCGUCGGUUUUGGGGUUUUAUAAGCAAGGUCACAUUUAACCUCCCCCCCAAAGGCAGUCUCAGCUCACCUGCUACUGCUACGCAAAGAGCUCUGCAAGGGGGAACUUGGACAACAUUCUGUUCGCAGAAUUAGCAUCUUCUUAUCAGAGUAAUUUAUAAGAAUCAAGAACAGAAUAGGCUGGGAGAACUGCUGAGGGCAAGCAGAAAGGCACAACCACCACUGGCUCUGCACUUGCAUUCAGCACUGUUAAUACACUGACAAAAGUCCUUGUGUGAAGCAAGAAAGGGAAGAAAUAGAAAAGUUACCUCCACAUCUGGCCAGAUGUGCAGGGGGCACCUGGUCCUCACCCACCCUGGCUCCUGCUUAGCCUCCCUCAGCCCUGCUCUAGUGCAGUCUCCACUUGAAGCAGCUUUUUUCUCCCAAGACACCCAGGUCACUCGUGCACUUACACGUCAUAUAUAUAUUUGUGUGUGUAUAUAUAUAUAUCUCUGGCCACUUGGGGACAAAAUCUUGCUUCUGAAAUGGACUUGUAACUUAUAUCAUUAUAUUGUGGGGUUUUUUUAUGAGGGGUAAAUAUUGUAAAAUGGGUUUUUAACAUGUCCAUCUUAAAUGUAAUUAUGACCUGUUUUUAAAGUUGUAGUAUUAAAGAUGGUCUUUGUAAAUCACUGGUA